UAUUUAAUAUGUUUGUUUAUAAUUACUCUUAGCUCACGAAACAGUUAUAUAUCUCUUGAAAAUAAAUUUAAAUAUUUGAUUUGAAAGGUUUUUUAGUUUUGAAUAAGAACCAGCGACUUCCGCUAUUAAUGAACUAGCAUUGUAAGCAGCCCUGUCCAGGUAUUCUAGUGAUCGCCAGCCCUAGUCAGGUCUGGUUCACACAAAAAAAAAAUAAAAUUACAUUUCCAUCCUUCGAAUAAGCAAAUAUCUUGGGUUUCCGCAAAAAGGGGAUGCAGAUAACAAAUAUCUACUAAGUAAUGUGAUGUGUGCCUGCGCAAAACGACAAUUCGUGCCUUUCUCCAGUGAAAAAUCGAAAUCCAGACGGACAAAAUCGAUGCAGAUGCUGUCUACAUUGCUCGACCAUUCUUAUGGAAAGUGCAAUUGAAUUGCUCUUCAAAAAGCCAUGAUGUUCAAGCCCCGUAACAAAAGCUGUGAAAACAACUAGUAAAUAAACACUGAAGACUCGAAUUUCGAAAGAUGCAUAAAAACGAAAACAAAAGCAAUAACAAGGUGCUCGAAUCGGACCAAAAUAAAUACAUACAGACUAUCGCGGAGGCCAAUAUGUAUUGACGUUGUUGCCGCGCUAAAGUAGAGCUGAUUACACAAAAGAUCCUCAAAAAUAUUUUAUUCAAGGCUCGAAUAUGUCCGACGGCGUCAGCAUCUUGCACAUAAAGCAGGAGGUGGACACUUCUUCAGCGGGCGGCGGACCCCCCUGCUUCAGUCCCAGCUCCAAAUCAACGGCCACUCAGAGUGGGACCAACGGCAUGAAGUCAUCACCCUCAGUUUCACCGGAGAGACAGCUCUGUAGCUCGACGACCUCCCUCUCCUGCGACCUGCAUAACGUAUCCCUAAGCAAUGACGGAGAUAGCCUAAAAGGAGGUGGAGCCGGCAGUGGAACUAGUGGUGGCGGUGGUGGAGGAGGAGGUGGAGGUACCAGUGGAGGAAACGCCAGCAAUGCAAGUGCCGGAACAGGAUCCGGAUCAGUUCGGGAUGAGCUUCGCAGGCUGUGUUUGGUUUGUGGGGAUGUGGCCAGUGGAUUCCAUUAUGGCGUCGCCAGCUGCGAGGCGUGCAAGGCAUUUUUUAAGCGCACCAUCCAGGGCAACAUUGAGUAUACCUGCCCGGCGAACAACGAGUGUGAAAUCAACAAGCGGAGACGCAAGGCCUGUCAGGCAUGUCGAUUUCAAAAGUGCCUGCUCAUGGGCAUGCUUAAGGAGGGCGUGCGUUUGGAUCGAGUGCGUGGUGGGCGGCAGAAAUACAGACGCAAUCCCGUUUCUAACUCAUACCAGACUAUGCAAUUGCUCUACCAAUCCAACACCACAUCGCUUUGCGAUGUAAAGAUCCUGGAGGUUCUCAACUCCUAUGAGCCAGAUGCGUUAAGCGUCCAAACGCCGCCACCGCAAGUGCAUACUACGACCAUUGCUAAUGAUGAAGCCUCAUCUUCCUCGGGCAGCAUCAAACUGGAAUCCAGCGUUGGAAUCACGCCAAAUGGGUCUUGCAUUUUCCAAAACAAUAAUAACAAUGAUCCCAAUGAGAUUCUGAGCGUUCUGAGCGACAUUUACGACAAGGAGUUGGUCAGUGUGAUUGGCUGGGCCAAACAGAUACCUGGAUUUAUAGAUCUGCCCCUUAAUGAUCAAAUGAAGCUACUCCAAGUGUCGUGGGCAGAGAUUCUUACUCUCCAACUGACCUUCCGGUCCUUACCGUUCAAUGGUAAACUAUGCUUCGCCACAGAUGUCUGGAUGGAUGAGCUAUUGGCUAAGGAGUGCGGCUACACGGAGUUCUACUACCACUGUGUACAGAUUGCGCAGCGCAUGGAGAGGAUUUCGCCACGGAGGGAGGAGUACUACCUGUUGAAAGCACUUCUUUUGGCCAACUGUGACAUCCUACUGGAUGACCAAAGUUCGUUGCGAGCAUUUCGCGAUACAAUUCUCAAUUCUCUUAACGAUGUUGUGUACUUGUUGCGACAUUCGUCAGCUGUGUCGCAUCAACAACAGUUGCUUCUGCUGCUGCCUUCGAUGCGGCAGGCUGAUGACAUCCUGAGGCGAUUCUGGCGGGGAAUUGCACGCGAUGAAGUCAUCACCAUGAAGAAACUCUUCCUCGAGAUGCUCGAGCCGCUAGCCAGGUGAAAAAGAUUAGGCGACCGGCCAACCUAGUUGAUCUAGCUGAUAAGCAAAGGUGCAAAUAUAGUCUUAAGUUGGACGUAUACUAACGUAUAUUAAGCGUAGGAUAAGCCAUGUACAUAGAUAGUAAAAUACUUGUCGGGUAAGAUUAGUUUGCAGAGAAAAACCUCUUUUUAAUGACCUACCAACUACAGCAACUCAAAACCCUACUUAAGCCUAGAAUCGGGCCAUUUUUACGAUGGAUACAGGCGCAAACCGGUGUUGUAUGUCUACCAUUUUAAAUGAGUCACAGUUCUCCAAUAUUUUGUUCAAUUCAAUUCUCACUGGUUUUGAUAUGCGGUUCAUAACCUGCUGAUGGUGUUUUUUAGUUUUAUGUAUCCCAGUGAUUUUAAUGAUUAUGUGGUACAUUUGCGGUCAAAUAAAAUAGCACCUUAAGUCCUUAUACAAUAAUUUAACAGAAUAUGUAAUAUUUGCAUAGCCCUUAAAGUUUUCCAUUUGUGUGGAAUUGUUUGAUAGUUAUCAGUUUUCUCUUGGUUUUCUAGUAAGGUUCACUUUAGGUCUUUAAAAACAAUUAUGUUAUUAAGUUCAUUUAAAUAAAUGUGAAAUUUUCAUAUA